AUGACAAAAAUACUUAAUAAUCAUAUGAAAAUACAUUUUACUGAAAUACCUUACGAAUGUGAUGUUUGUGGAAAGAAAAAACCAUACAAAUGUGAUGUUUGUGGGAAGAAUUUUAAUGAAUCAGUCCACCUGAAAGAUCACCUGAGAACACAUACUAGAGAAAAACCUUACCAAUGUGACAUUUAUGGUAAAUGUUUUACAAUUGUAUGGAAUCAUCAAGUUCACACUAUAAAACAUACUGGAGAAAAACCAAACAAAUGUGGUGUUUUUCACAUAAGAACACAUACUAGAGAAAUGCCAUACAAAUGCAAUGUUUGUAAAAAAUCUUUUAUUACAGUAAGUCAUUUUAAAGUUCACAUGAGAAUACAUACUGGAGAAAAAACAUAUAAAUGUGAUGUUUGUGACAAGAGCUUUACUGAAUCAAGCAAUGCACAUGAAAACCCAUACUGGUGUUUUACAACUGUAUCACACCGUAAAAUUCACAUGAGAACCCAUACUGGACAGAAACCAUACACAUGCCAUGUUUGUGAAAAGAGUUUCACACAAGAAAUUAGCCUAAGAGUUCACACCAAAACAAAUGUUAAUGAAAAAAAACCUUGA